CUUUUCGUGGCCGGCUAUAAGGUGUACACUUAAUAUACGACGACACACUCGUGCACGCCUAUACCUAGUCAGGCAGGCGCGCACGAUAUAUAUUUCCGCAGUGCGCGUCCAUCGAUUUUUCGCUCAGUGUACCACUAGCAGCACACGGGGGACGAGCACCAAAACCGGCGCUUAUGUAUGUUUCUCUCCGAGACUUUCGUGCGGGCGUUAUUACUUUCUGCAUAGCAGGCUGCGCUGCUCAACUUUGUGGCAGGGCCGGCGAUAGGCUUGCAUCGCCCUAUAUAUCAGCGAGGAGGAGAGUCAUCGAUUUUCAAGUUCGACCGACGAGCGAAGACUCGAGGAUGAUAAAGAUGCGGGCAGUGGGAGAGCCAUUGGCGUCGUCUGCUUCUGGGCGUCUUCUUGCUUGUCGCCGCCGCUGUUGCCGCCUCGUGAUAGCUAAUGGAGGAGAUCCUAGUCGACGAUGCCAGUAAUAAGUGCGUGACGGAGACACCUGCCGCCGUGGUAAGCAGCAGCAGCAGCAGCAGCAACAACAACAACAACAACAACAACAACAACAACAACAACGGUGUCAGCGUAAGCAGCAGCAGCAGUGCCGCCGUGGACGACCCGUCGACUCGCGUGAUGUCAAUGCUGUACAUCGGGCAGGGAAAGCUGCACGCGAAUCAGACCAACAACAACGGCGCCAGCCAGCCGCUCGUUCACGUCAUCGACAAGUCCCAAAUCGCCGCCUUCAAUCAGAUUGUGCUUCAAGGUCUUGGUCAAGUUAGUCAGACUCAGAUUUCACAGCCCAUUACCAUUCAUAGACAAGUAAAGACUGUGACGACUCCUGCUGCACCUCAAGUACAGAAGCAUAUUUUGGUAAGAAAACCUAAUGCAUCGGGUGCCCAGAUAAUGCCACUUGGUACUUCACAAGAGACUCAAGUUCAAACUCAAGCUGGAGGAUUGUCUAGAACAACCUUUCUAAAGAGAAUUAUCAAACCUCGAGAGACCGUUGUGAUUCCUGCAGCUGGGCCUAUUAAUGCAGCACAGAUUCCAAAGCAGAAGUUAGUGAUCGCACCAGUUAUUUCACAUGUUGCACAGACACCUAGUAGUACGUCUAGUAAUUUACAAAAUCAAUCUUCCAAACAUAUGACAAACUUGUUACUGCCUGUGAACAUACCGCAACAGAGUGCCUCUGCUAGUAAGCAAAGCCUCAAUUUUAAGCAGAACAAUAUCAAUUUCAAGUUCAGCAACGGACAGCUCAGUACUGAGCCAAAAAGUGCUAUAACAGUGCUGAGGGAAUCCAAGACAUCGAAUUCAACAACAAAUCCACCACCACUGCAUCCGAUAGCAAAGAUGAGUUUGUUAAAUGUACCAAAAAGCAGCAGUAAUUCUUCGGAAAGCAUAAAGAUAACUGAAAAUCCAGAUUCAGCAGUUAUCACACCAAUUCCAAAGAAAGAAGACAACAACCUACCCGAGAAACGAAAAAAAACCAUAAGCAAUAUUUUACGGGGUUCAGGAGAAAAGCGAUAUAAGAAGCGAAGUUUUUCAAAUUCCUCUUCACAAGACUCUGGUGUAGUAGAAGUACCUAAUUAUACUUUGAAUAGUCCAGAAUCUGAAGGCGAAAAAGAAAAGAAAAAGGACAAAGAAAGUGACGACGAUAUUACUUUGAUUAAAGUAAUUCCUAGUGAAGAAAAGAAAAUGAAGCGCGUUUUAUUAUCAGAUGAUAUUAAAAUUGAAGUUAUAAAGCAAUCGAUUAAGAAAGAAGUUGAAGUUGUUGAGAAAUCUGAGAAAGUCAACGGCAAAGCUAACAAUGAAGAAACAAAAGAUCAAAAUGAUUCAAAUUUUGAUGCUGCAAAAGUAUUAGACUGGAAAGAUGGUGUGGGUUCUUUGCCUGGUAGUACAUUGAAGUUCUGUAUGAAUGAGUUCGGCUUAAUGGAAGUUGUGGAAGAAAAUGAAAGCAAACAGGAUAAAGAUGGAAAUAUCGGUGAUAAAGAAAACGUAUGCUUUACUCAAAACUCUUCCAAAUCCAGCACUCCAACGAUUGUAAAUGAAAAGAAACCAGAAGAUAAAAAACCACGAACAGUUUCAGCGGAUACGUUUUACUGCUGCGAAGGCUGUGGUUGCCAUGGAUUGGCCUCAGAGUUUGAAAGUCCCAAUUCUUGCAGUCCAUCUUGUACAGAAUAUAUAGAAGUACUGAAACAACAGAAACUUCGCAAAGAAAAGGAACUUAAUAAAGAGAUGCGAGCUAAGAAGAAGCGCAAACGAAUGUUGCAAGAACAGCAAGCAAAGGAUCGUGACAAAAGUAAAGAGCCAAAUUCAAAGUCCAACGAUUUCGACGAUAAAUCAAGAGACAGCGAGGACAAGUCACAAGAUAAAGAAAAGUCUGAAACAGAUGAAGAUACAAAAGAUAGUACGAAUGCUGCUGCAAUGGAUGAGGAGAGUCAAGGAGAGUCUGAAUCGAAACAGUAUCCAUGGCAAACAGGAAAACGUGGCUUUUCUUGGUCAAAGUAUCUUGAGCAUACUAAAGCAAAAGCAGCCCCAGUUAGAUUAUUCAAAGAUGCUUUCCCGUAUAGUAAAAAUAACUUUAAGGUAGGAAUGAAAUUAGAAGGUAUUGAUCCAAAUCAUCCAUCGCAUUACUGUGUCUUAACUAUCGCAGAAAUUAUCGGUUAUCGAUUAAGAUUGCAUUUUGACGGGUACGCAGAGAAUUUUGAUUUUUGGGUCAAUGCUGAUAGCAUGGACAUUUUUCCUGUUGGCUGGGCUGAGAAAAAUGGUCAUAAAUUGCAGCCUCCAAAGGGAUACGUACAAAGCAACUUCAAUUGGAAUGCUUAUCUUAGAAUUUGUAAGGCUACUGCAGCACCAAAGACGCUUUUUUCGAAUAAAAAUUCAAUGAUUCCAACCGGUUUUCGAGUUGGUAUGAAACUCGAAGCUGUUGAUCGUAAGCAUUCUUCGUUAGUCUGUGUAGCAAGUGUAGCAGAUGUUAUGGAUUCAAGAAUCCUUGUGCAUUUUGAUUCAUGGGAUGACGUAUACGAUUAUUGGGCAGACGUUAGUUCUCCCUAUAUACAUCCGGUUGGGUGGUGUCAUCAUAACGGACACAGUUUAACGCCACCAAAUUAUUACAAAGAUUCAAAGUCAUUCUCGUGGGACGCAUAUUUAAGAGAAACGCAGUCAGUUGCAGCACCAGCGCGAGCUUUCAAACAACGACCAGUAUGCGGUUUCAAACGAGGACUAAAACUCGAAGCGGUCGAUAAACGACUGCCGCAGUUAAUUAGGGUAGCAACUGUAGAAGACUGUGAUGCUUAUACGAUAAAAAUCAGGUUUGAUGGAUGGCCCGAAAAUCAUGCUUAUUGGGUUGAUGACGAUUCACCGGACAUUCACCCUAUGGGCUGGUGCUCAAAAACUGGACAUCCAUUAGAAAUACCGUUGACUCCAGAUAAUCUGACUGAUCGUCCCGAAUGUGGAACGUUUGGUUGCCGAGGUAUUGGACACGUAAAGGGACCCAAAUUUGCGACACACAACUCUGCAUCAGGUUGCCCAUAUUCGCCGCAAAAUUUAAACAAAAUUAAAACUAUUACCGACCGAUUAAGUCUGAAGCAUGAAGCCAAUGAUGUAGAUGAAGAUUUUGUAGCAGAAAGAACGAAAUAUGAUAAGUCUGAAAGAAUUAAGUCUGAACGAGCAGAGAAGCGACUUUUAUCGUAUGAAGAAAAAUCGAUAAAAGUAGAAAAUAUGAAGCAUGAAGACGGUGAUUCAUGCGAUAGAAUGGACAGUUCUGAGAGAAUUAGCAAUAAAUGGAGGAACAAUAGUGAUGGACAGACUGACGACGAUGAAAUCAUUAGAAAACGAAAAAAGCGGAAACAUGCAAGCGAUGAUACUAGUCUUAUUUCAAUGCUGAAUUCCACUCAAGAUUCCUCGGCUGCUCAAGUGUCUUACGCUUCAAAUAUCCCAGAUAAGCAAUUAAGAAUGGAGCUUUACCAUUCUGUUUAUAAUCCAGGAUACAAUCCAUUGCCCGACGCUCCACACAUAUGGGCAAAGCACAGUAAUGCUUUGAAUAGAGUAGUUUCAAAGCAAAAUACAAAUCCACGUCGAUGGUCUAAUGAAGAAGUAAUUAAGUUUAUUCAAAGUGUACCUAACUGUAAAGAAAUUGGAAGCAUUUUCAGAAAGCAUAACAUCGAUGGAGAAGCAUUUUUAAUGCUAACCCAAGAAGAUUUAGUAUCGCUGCUCGGAUUGAGACUUGGUCCGGCUAUAAAAUUAUAUAACAGUAUUGUUUUACUGCGCAAGAGGGCGACGUGAAAACCUUUUACUCGAAGGUUGUUCAGACAUGCACGUUACGACAUGGCGAAAAAUGACGAGAAAGUGAUUUUAAUUGAACAUUGAUAAAUGUUCUACGUUUUAGUUCGUGAUCUAUAAAAGAUAAAUUUUUUGUUAAAUCACAUGCAGAAAUCAGUUGUUCUGAAGACAGAAGUAUGUGAAUCAAGUGAAAAGUGUCAUUGACGUUGUUAAAUCGUGAGAAUACACAUAUACGUAAAACGUGUACUUACGCCUUCGCUUAAAAUCCAUUUCCUCGAAGCGACGAGAGCGCAUACAAUCAUGUACAAAUGUAAAUAUGUUAUAUCUUCUAAUAAUUAUUAAAAUAUUGUAAUACAAAGAA